UAAACUUUGCUGAGCGUAGUGGCGCCAACUCACCAAGUCCCCUCGCAAAUAAAUCUCUCUUCUUGCAUGCUCUGCGUAGUGGCGCCAACUCCCCGACCCCCUUCGCAAAUAAAUCUCUCUCUACUCUCUCUUCUUGCAGGCUUUAAUGGAGUUCGUAGACAAAGAAUUGCUACUUGCCGCGGCCUCUGAUUUCGCUUCUUACCCGGGUCCGCCAGCUGAUGCCUCCACUAAGGAAUUCCUCGAUCGCUUUCCUCUGCCUGUCAUCUUUUCUGUUUUGCAAGAACCUGAUACUACCGGACUCGAGAGUACUUUGGUGUCUUGUCUGGAAAGGGUUUUUAAAACUUCAUAUGGGACUUCUCUCAUUCCCCAAUAUAUGCCAUAUGUAAAAGCUGGUCUGCAGGCAAACUCUGAAGCAGUCAAAUGUUUAGCUUGCAAGGCUGUUGCAAGUCUGUUGGACACUGAUGAUAGGGACGUUGGAACUGCUGUGCAACUAGUUGUUGCUUAUGAUAUAUAUCCACUUCUGGUUAAUUGUCUCAUUCAUGGUUAUGAACAAGUUGCAAAAGCUUCAACAGAAGCAAUAAAGAAUCUUGCAAGGUCUCCUCAAGGGCUAGAUAUUAUGUUUCCAACGAAAGAGGGUUUAGCUCUAUCACUCAAAGACCUGGCAGCUCGCAGUUCAUCAUUGGCACGGAUUCGGAUUUUGGCUCUCAUCGCAAAGCUGUUCUCCAUAUCUAGCUCAGUAGCAGUGGCCGUCUAUGAAUCAGGUCUUCUUAACGUAUUGGAGGCAGAAGUGAAGAACACAUCUGAUGUGCUUAUGACUUUGAGUGCUUUGGAAGUUCUCUACGAGUUAGCAGCAUCCCCAUAUAGUUCAGAAUCUCUCUUAAAGACAUCCCUGCUUCAGCUGUUGAUCUCAAUGAUAAGCAAUUCAUCAGCGGAGUCCAUAUUGCGCUCCAGAGCAAUUUUGAUAUGUGCGAGACUAUUGUCUUCAAAUGAAAUAUUCUCUCUUAUCGGUGAAUCAAGCAUUAAUACUGCUGUCUUGGCAAUUGAUGGACGAUUGGAAUGUUUGAAGAGUGAAGACACAGAUGAAUGUGAGAGUGCACUUGAUGCUCUUGGACAAAUAGGAUCCUCAAUUCGAGGAGCUGAGUUGCUAUUUUCCAGUUCACCGCCAGUUGCUAGACAUGCAGUAGAGGCUGCUUUUUGUAGGCAAGGACCUGGUAAACAAUUGGCUGGUCUACAUGCACUUGCAAACAUUUGUGGAGCAACUAGGUCGGAAGAUGGCAAAAUGCUUAACUAUCAUUCAGAGGAGUGCCUUCGGCAGUUGAUCUAUGAAACAGCUGCCAAAACUACAAAGAUAACACCAUCAGGUCUUGUCCUAUCAAUUUUGCAACAGGAUGCAGAGGUUCGUUUGGCGGCAUAUAGACUGAUUGGUGGACUGGUGGCUAGAAAAUGGUGCUUGUUGGAGGUCUGCUCAAGGGAAGAGACAGUCAAUCUCGUCACUGAUGCGCAUGCUGAAACCACCAAAAGUGGUAUGGAAGCUCGACAUUCAUGCUGUGUAGCAAUUGGCUUUGCUUUGGCAAAUUCAGAUAAUCAGAAGAUUCAAAGCAAUACAGCUCUGAUAACGAAGGUGCAAGAAGCGAUACGAAGAGGCCCAUAUCUUACCCAACAACGUGUUGAAGCUCAACCAGUUGUUAUGACAGCUGAGAGAUUUUGAUCACAAAUAACUCAAUCCAAUGAUUUCAACUGUGUAUCAUUUAUAGAGAAGUAAGCUUCUUUUAGUAUUGUACGUUUGUCAAUGGAUAGACUUUCAGGUUGUAAUCAAUAAUGCAGACUGUUUAGUCU